AAAACUCACAACUUCUACUCACACACAUUUCGUCACUUCCUGAUAUUUCCCGCGCUGGUUUUUGAUACAGCUGUCACUGUGCCACUGAGCUGCAGUAGUUUAAUUACUAAACAAUGCCGACCUCCGACUAUGACCCUGCUUGUUUACCGGAUUUGUUGCCACUUUAUUACCGCCGACUGUUUCCAUACUCACAGUACUAUCGGUGGCUAAGCUACGGCGGCGUGUCCAAGAACUACUUCCAGAACCGCGAGUUCUCAUUCACUCUCAAAGAUGACAUCUACGUUCGGUACCAGUCGUUCAGCACCCAGAGUGAACUGGAGAAGGAGAUGCAGAAAAUGAAUCCGUAUAAGAUUGACAUUGGUGCAGUUUACAGCCACAGGCCCAGCCAACACAACACGGUGAAGUCUGGAACGUUUCAGGCACUGGAGAAAGAGCUGGUGUUUGAUAUCGACAUGACUGACUAUGAUGAUGUCAGAAGCUGCUGCAGUGCUGCAGAUAUUUGCUCCAAGUGCUGGACCCUGAUGACCAUCGCCAUUCGUAUUCUGGAUCGGGCACUGAGAGAGGACUUUGGCUUCCAUCACCUCCUGUGGGUGUACUCAGGCAGGAGAGGAGUGCAUUGCUGGGUUUGUGACGAAGCCGCCAGGAAGCUGUCAGUGGCGGCUCGUUCGGCUGUGGCCGAGUACCUCAGCUUAGUCAAGGGUGGUGAAGAGACUGUGAGGAAAGUUGUGCUGUCAGAGCCUAUUCACCCUUUCAUCAGCCAGUCUCUUAUUGUAGUAGAGCACUACUUCCCUCAGUACGCAAUUGUUGGACAGGAGCUGUUGGGCAGUAAAGCAAGUGUUGACAAAGUGCUCAGCCUAUUACCUGAAGAUGUCAGGAAGGAGCUAUUAAACACUUACCAGACGGAGAAGAAUCCAAUGAAGCGCUGGGAACAACUAAGGUCUGCAGUGCACCAGAAAAGGGCUACCAGUAAGAAGGGAGCUCAGUACUUUGAUAAGGAGAUCAUGCUGCAGUACUGCUACCCACGCCUGGAUGUUAAUGUCAGCAAAGGAGUCAACCAUUUACUGAAAAGUCCAUUUAGUGUCCAUCCGAAAACAGGUCGAAUUUCUGUACCAAUUGACUUGAAAAAUCUGGACAAAUUCGACCCCUUCGAGGUUCCUACAAUCAGCCUUAUCUGUGAAGAGCUUGACAAACCCCUAGCUGCUGAGGAGGAGGAAGAGGAGAUAAAGGAUAAAGAAAAUGAAACGGAACCUGGUGAACGGCGCAAAAUCAGAGAUUACAAGCAGACUAGUCUGGGCAAGUAUGUGAAGCUCUUUGAUCAGUUUCUGGAUGCUAUGGCUCGUUCUAGAAAAGGAGAGAUGCUGAAGAAAAGUGAUCUCCAGAAAGAAUUUUAAUGAGCCAGUGAUGUUCCAAAACAACUAUUGAUGUUCAACUAAGAAAUGAGAACUUACUACCUUACUGGAUCGUUUUUCUACAACAGAACAGAAAUUGAAUCAGUUUGCUAUAAAGUACAUUUGGAUGUGUACUUUACCUGGAUUCUUGAAUGUUUGACAUUACUGUAGAAUUAUCAUCACAGAAAAAUUAAUGAUCUGAAAACAGAAGGACACCUUUCAUUUUCUGAAUUUUGACACUGAACAGAUUUUGUACUGUAGAGAAAUGUCCUUCUGGUCUGUUAAAAUGUGUUUUUUUUUUUUUUUAACCAAGAAAUAUUAAAAGUAUUGUAUAUUAUUUGCUAGCA